AUGGAGGGAGAGGGAGGACAGAAGAAAGGAAGGGAGGGGAAAGGGAAACAGGAGGGAGGGAGGGGGAGGAAGAGAGCAAAAAGGGAGGGAGGGAAGGGAAAGGAGGGAGGAAGGAAGGAAGAGAAAGAGAGGAGGGAGGGAGGAAGGAGGCAAAGAGGGAGGGAGGGAGAAGGAAGGACAGAAGGAGGGAGAGGGAGAGGGCGGAACAGAGAAAGAGGGAGGGAGAGGGAGGAAGGAAGAAGAAUGAAAGGAGGGAAAGGAGAAAGGAGGGAGGGAGGAAGAAAGAAAACAAGGGAGGAGGGAGGAGGAAGAAAGAAAAAAGAAAGGAGAGAGGAAGGGAGGGAGGGAGGAAGAAAGAAACAGGGAGGGGGAACAGGGAGAGAAAGGGAGGGAAGGGAGGGAGGAGAGAAGGAGGGAAAGGAAGGAAUGAAACAAGGAGAGAGAAGAGGGAGGGAGGGAGGGAGGAAGGAAGGGAAAGGAGGGAGGGAUGGAGGGAGGGAGGGAGGAAGGAAGAAAACAAGGGAGGGAGGAAGGAAGGAAGGGAGGAAGGGAAAGUAG